UUUCUGAUGUUAUUAUUCUCUUUUUGUAGAAUCGAUGAAGCUAAUGGCAGUGCAAUGAUGGCUGAAAUCAUUAAAGGGCACCCAAAUCUGCUUCUUCGUUUAGGUGUCUUCUUUCCCAAGUAUUCUGUGAACAAGCAUAAGGGUAAGAGAACCAUCCCUCCAGAUGAUGAGCAUGGUGGUAGUGCUGAGUCUAGUACUAACAAAAAAAACCGUGCUGCCAAUUUUAUGGAGAAUCUUGAGGCAAGGUUUCAGGGUGAUGGUGGUCAUGUAGUUAACUCAGUUCUCCAGAUAAUUAGGAUGUACACUAUUGAGGGAAACAAGUCCAAAAAUGAGGCGUAUCAUGAGGUCGUUGCACUUCUUCAUGGUCAUGUAGAUUUAAUCAUGGAGUUUGGCGAAUAUUUCAGUGAUAUACUGUCUCAGCCUAAAUAUGAUAAACUGUCUACGAUAACCAUCACUUCCCCCAAAGCUGAGCAACGGGCUGCAUCUGAUAAUAACAAAAGAAUACGUGUAGCAAAUUUCAUCACCAAGCUUAAGGCAAGGUUCCAGGGGGAUGAUCGUCAUGUAUAUGAGUCAUUUCUCGAGAUAUUGACAAUGUACCAAGAAGGAAACAAGUCCGUGACUGACUUGUACCAGGAGGUGAUUGCACUUCUUCAGGGUCAUGAAGAUUUAGUCAUGGAGUUUGCAGACGUUUUAAAAAAACCCACUGAUCCAUCAGGGUCAAAAUCUAAUGCCAAUUUUAUGGAGAAUCUUGAGGCAAGGUUUCAGGGUGAUGGUGGUCAUGUAGUUAAAUCAGUUCUCCAGAUAUUGAGGAUGUACACUAUUGAGGGAAACAAGUCCAAAAAUGAGGCGUAUCAUGAGGUCGUUGCACUUCUUCAGGGUCAUGUAGAUUUAAUCAUGGAAAUCGAUGAAGCUAAUGGCAGUGAAAUGAUGGCUGAAAUCAUUAAAGGGCACCCAAAUCUGCUUCUUCGUUUAGGUGUCUUCUUUCCCAAGUAUUCUGUGAACAAGCAUAAGGCUAAGAGAACCAUCCCUCCAGAUGAUGAGCAUGGUGGUAGUGCUGAGUCUAGUAAUAACAAAAGAAACCGUGCUGCCAAUUUUAUGGAGAAUCUUGAGGCAAGGUUUCAGGGUGAUGGUGGUCAUGUAGUUAACUCAGUUCUCCAGAUAAUUAGGAUGUACACUAUUGAGGGAAACAAGUCCAAAAAUGAGGCCUAUCAUGAGGUCGUUGCACUUCUUCAGGGUCAUGUAGAUUUAAUCAUGGAGUUUGGCGAAUAUUUCAGUGAUAUACUGUCUCAGCCUAAAUAUGCUAAACUGUCUACGAUAACCAUCACUUCCCCCAAAGCUGAGCAACGGGCUGCGUCUGAUAAUAACAAAAGAAUACGUGUAGCAAAUUUCAUCACCAAGCUUAAGGGGGAUGAUCGUCAUGUAUAUGAGUCAUUUCUCGAGAUAUUGACAAUGUACCAAGAAGGAAACAAGUCCGUGAAUGACUUGUAUCAGGAGGUGAUUGCACUUCUUCAGGGUCAUGAAGAUUUAGUCAUGGAGUUUGCAGACGCAAGGUUUCAGGGUGAUGGUGGUCAUGUAGUUAAAUCAGUUCUCCAGAUAUUGAGGAUGUACACUAUUGAGGGAAACAAGUCCAAAAAUGAGGCGUAUCAUGAGGUCGUUGCACUUCUUCAGGGUCAUGUAGAUUUAAUCAUGGAGUUUGGUGAAUAUUUCAGUGAUAAACUGUCUCAGCCUAAAUAUGCUUGAAUAUAAUGUGACAGAAAAGAGUAGAGCUUCUAACGAGGAGUGUUAUAGUUUUCUUUUGUAAUACAUUUGAGUUUAGUUU